AUGUCUGACGCUUAUUGGAGAUAUGCCGAAUCCCAGCACGCCCCCUCCGCCAUCCCCGCCAAACGUCCUCGUUCGGAAUACGAUGUCUCUGGCGUUCAUGACUUGACCAGUUACUUUCCCCAUGACGCGGAUAGAGGAAGGCUCCAAGUAGUUAGAGAUACUGAAUCACUUGAUGCAUCCUAUGAGCGUUACCUCCGUAAUGCGCAGAUUUCAACUUAUGGUCCCGGACAGCCUACUAGAACCAUUGAUGGGGGAGUUCCCAGUCAUUCUAUUGACGAGUCUCAUGUCACUAAUAUUGGAGUAGACCGAAGAUCAAACGUAAAUGACAAAAGCCUGGAAUUAAGUGGUGGAAGGUCCGGCCAUUCGCUUCCACCUGAUGCUACGAAUACAGUAUUUGUGGAGGGUUUACCUUCCAACUGUACAAGACGGGAAGUAGCUCAUAUUUUUCGUCCUUUUGUUGGCUAUAAAGAAGUUAGACUUGUCAGCAAGGAAUCAAGACAGCCUGGGGGUGAUCCACUGUUGCUUUGUUUUGUUGAUUUUGUAAGUCCGGCUCAUGCAGCAACUGCCAUGGAUGCAUUGCAUGGUUACAAAUUUGACGAGCUUGAUCGCAACUCAGUCAGUUUACGUUUCCAAUUCGCUCGCAACCCCGGUGCGAGGUCAGGUGGAGGGCAUCGUGGCAAGCGUUGA